UUCUUCUGGUGAGUUGGCAAAAGUAGCAGACAUAAACAUAGGAGGUGUUGGAGGUGUUACAAGUAUCAAACAUCUGUGCAAGCUGCACAUAUUUUGAUGGUGACACGCGCACCUUAGGCACACUACACUGGAUGCUAUGGAACUGAAUUGCUUGUGACUUAGAGGAUGCAAAAUGAAAUGUGGAGCUUGUGUCAGAGGCACUUUCUUCCCAUUUAUUCUGCUACUUCAUCUUUUGUUACAAGUAUUAAUCUGUUGUGGUAAAGGAGUGGAUGACUUAGUACUAAAGAAGCUUCAGCAUCAGUGUUCCUUGGCUGAUCCACAGAUCCAUGAGAAUACUGUUUUAUAUGGAGCCAAGGAAGCAGGAAGAUAUGAUGUGAUAACUAAUGCGACAAACCUGACUGCGUGUGUCCAUGCCUGCUGUAGUAAUAAAAAGUGUCAUGUGGCACUCCUGCAUAAUGAACAUUGUGUCAUUGUGGAAUGCAGGAAUGCUACAAUGUGUCGGCUUACUGCAGGUGAUGGAUCAUCGCUUGUAGUGGUAAGGAAAGUGGACGCAAGGAAAUUGGAAGAUGCACAGCUCAGUAACAAUAAGACACAAAUAGACCAUGCAAAACCUCUCACCAAGAGUGGUUUUGACAAAGAUGUGCAAUCUUCAUUACAACUCGUGAGCAACACUACAGUAACAGAUGAUGAGAGGUGUGAAUUUGGAUUACAUUUGUGUAAAGAAAAUGAAGAAUGUGUGCCAUUUGGAAAAAGAAGAAGGGAUGGACUAUGUCAGUGUGUCUCUGGUUUUUAUCGAAAAACAACUGGAGGAGACUGUGUGAAAGGAGAACCUACAUCGACAUUGGCACCUAAAGAAGCUGAAUCCACCACUUAUCCUGGGAAUGAUAACAAAACUACAAGUGUUGAUAGCUCAUAUACUCCAGAUUCUCUCUCUUCUUUACCUGCAGCUCCAACCAGUGAAGUACCUCAGAAGGGGUCUGCAUCAACCCCUUCUUCAAGCAUGUCAUCUCAGCAACCAGAUGAAAAACUUGUUGUUAGCAUUAAUAACAAAACUUUGUACCUUCCAGCUGGCAGCACUUUUUAUGAGGACAGAGUUACACUUUCAGCAUAUGCUAUAGGAGGUAUGUAAUUCUUGAAAACUACU